AAGACGAUCUAUCUCAUACGACACGCCGAGGGGUUUCACAAUCGAGCGGGCGAGCGAGACCCGAAGGAGUACGGGAGCGAGGCGUACGCGGACGCGAGACUCACGGCGCGAGGAUGGCGACAGUGCGAACAUUUUAAAGAGACGCUCGAGUCGCGCGACGCGUACGGGAAAAUGUUGGAGACGUGCGAACUGGUGGUGGUGUCGCCGUUGACGCGAGCGAUGGAGACGGCGGCGGGGAUGUUCGGAUCGGUCGACGGCGAUGGGUGCGUGCUGAUGGAGGCGACGAGGGCGGAGGCGAUGAAGGCGUGCGAACGACCGGCGUUGAGGUGCGACGCGCGGUUGCGCGGGGGGAAGAAAUUCGUCGCGCUCGAAAUGGUGCGCGAGCAAAUAGGCGGGAAUCCGUGCGAUAGACGGCGCAGCGUCAGCGAAUAUCGACGAGAGUUUCCUGGGGUUGACUUUUCGUUCAUCGAGGACGAGGACGACGUGUUGUGGAAGCCGGGCCGAGAGAAUCGCGAGCCCGAACCGGUGCUGCGAGCGCGAGCGCGAAAGUUUCUCGACUGGUGUUUCGAUCGCGAGGAAGAUUCAAUCAUAGUCGUCACACACUCGGCGUUCAUGUGCAAUCUAAUGGUGGAGUACUGCUUCGGUGGACACGUGCCGAGCGAAAAUAUGCGCGAACACAUGCACGCGUGGCCGCAGAACUGCGAGUGCCGCCCGCUCGUCGUCGUCGACACUCGCCGCAAGUUGACGACGAGUCCGUUCUAUCACGCCGGAGGU